AUGGCCAGCAUCAUCAUCAAUACGCCAGCUCCGGACUUUGACAUAGUAGACCUCGAAACGGGCGUCACGUCAAGCUUUGGCGACAUUGCCGGCAACGGCAAACCCAGCGUCGUCAUGUUCUACGCGACGUGGUGCAACUCAUGCAUUCCCGCGGUCGAGGAAUUUGAGAUGUGGUCCAAGCACAACAUUCCCACGCCGUACAUCAAUUUUGUGCUCAUCAACGUCGACAAACAUAUUGGGAAUGCAAUCAAGUUUGUGUCAGAAACCAAUCCCAAGACCAAAAAACCCCGCGUGUGCACCGAAUACCGCGGCGACGGCGACAUGCCCACGGUGAUCCACGUUGGCUGUGAGGACAUUCCCGAAGGGUAUGGCGUGCACGUGGUGCCGCACAAGUUGAUUUUGGACCACAAUGGGUUGGUCGUGCGCAACUUCGAGGACUUUCACUGGGACGACAUUGCCGGUUUAUUCAAGCAUCGCUUCGAAGAAGACAACCAAUGCCACUGGAAGCCCUUCUUGUUUCAAGACCAAGUUAAGGCGCAAGAGUAG